AUGAAGCGAAGAGAAUGUGCUGAAAGAUCAGUCAUCAAAGAAAUCGGCAACACCCUUCGAGAAGAGCAGCCGAAUUAUGGGUCGAUGGCUGCAGCUGGGGAUGUCGGGGUGGCUCAAGUCUCGCGACCAGGGAUGCCGCUGCACUUACGCCAACAAGUCUUGAGGGUUUCGAAGGCGUAG